GGCGUUAUCUUAAUUCUGAUUAGUUAGCUCAAGACCAUCAGUGUAUUAUAUUUUUACCAAUUCUGUCCAUUGAUGAGCAAUGUCAACCAAAUUGUAAAUUCAAAAGGUCAGAAAAUACUAAUCUCCAAACCAAAUAAUUAGCUAUUAGUAAACUUGAAGGGUUCCUGAUAAUCGUAGAAUUUUAUUGCUCGCACCACAAACCAGCUUUAGCUAAGACAACCAAUAGGAUCUAUGACUCACUAGAUAACUGCUUCGUUCCCGUAUACCAGUGGACAUCUACAAUCCCGCAGGAGAGCGAACCCAGAACCUCCAGGUCUUACAGCAAGCGCUUAACCUUUAGAUAAUCACAACAAUUUUUGGUACAUAAUUCCCACUGGUCUAAAAUGAAUAAACACAAAGAACUGUAUGCAAAACAUUUUCAACAUAAAGAAAACGAAUGGAAAGAUUUACUACACAAACGUUUUAUGGAAUCAAUGAAAUUGAAACGUGCACAUUUUAUCGAUCACCUUCGAAACAUAUACAAUUCAGAACCAGACAGUUUAACCGAUCAACUACUUCUUCAAGAGAAAAGAAAACUUUUAAAAAGUUUGGUCUCAGGUAGUGAAGCGGAACAAUUAGAUCUGGAUAGUUUAAUCUUACUACAAGACAGAGUUCUGGAUGAAUUAUCUGUUGAAAUUGAGGAAUAUUUCAAUCCAGAAUUUUGGAAUGAUACAAAUAGUAAUAAUAAUGGUGCAAAUCAAUUUCAUUCGCCCGAUGAAUCUAACAGUGAACAUGUUCUUUGUCCUUUAUGUCGAAUUGGCUAUUUAUCUUUGAAUAGUACAUUUCUCACUUGUUCUUCAUGCAGUUUAAAUCUAGAUACUCAAACAGACAGUCUCAAUCUUACUACCAUAAAAAGUAGUUUAAUUGAUGCAGAAACAAAACAUCAAACAUCCGGUUGUCCCAAUACAUCGUUACAUGCCUGGCUUAUUGAUCAGAAUACUAUUAAUUGUCAAUCAUUUACUCAAAAUGAUAAUUCAAAUGUUAAUGACAUGCUUCAUAAAUCAAUAGAAAUUGUCCAACUGUUAUGCGUUGGAUGUGACCAAUGUUCAUUCAUGGAAGUUGUUGUUUGAAACAAGUAGAUAAUUAAAGAAAUUGAAAUUUUAUUCCUAUUAUUUAUUUAUACGUUUGUUGAAUUCAAUUAACGAAUGAAACUGAAUUACUUCUACUAAAAGUGCUAAUGAUGAUGUUCUGUUCUUUCUUCCACGUUGUUUAUUAUGGUGGAUAAUUUUUGUAAUGACUAUUAUGGACACAUUUACAAGGUUGAUUCAUUUAUGCUGUGUGAAAAAAUAAACUUUAUUCUUGAUAAUAAUGUUAUCAAGACUGUCAAUGAUACCUGUAUUCUACAAAAUGUUUACUUCGAUGUAAAUAAAAGUUAAAUCUGGAGAAA